AUGAGCAACAAUGCUAUGAUCUCGGAAUUGGGCCACAGAAAGAUCCAGAAAAGUUGUCUAUUGAUACGGCAGAAAGUUAGCACACAUUUGCUCAAAUACGAGUCGGCAAAUAUUAUGACAAGUUUUAAGGUUGGAGACCGGAAUGAGCGAUUGAAGAUUGAAAGUCAGUACGUUUUAUUGUUUCGGUGUUUGUUAUGA